AUUACCUUAGCGUUUCUCGUCAUGUUGUGACAGGACUGAAGCGCCCCCAGCUAAAAUUCCUGCCUGGGCUGUUUUGCAAGACAACACUUGUCUAAGAUGACGGAUAUUGCACAGAGUACCUUGCUAAUCGCUCUAAAACUCGAGCAUAUAAAGUUUAUUUGCGUCAAUUGCGUAAACAUUAACUUUAACGCGCUGCCUUUGCUCUGACUGGCGCAUGGUGGAAACUUGGUGAGUGAUUAAACGCUUAAGACAGUGCAAAGGAUAUGUUCAUUUGACCUCCAGAAGCUGUAUGCUGAUCUUAUUGUUACUUCUUUUCAAAAGCUCUGACCCUGCAUUGUUCCACCUUGAAAACUCAGGACACAAUCCAAAAACUGAAUGCCUGUAAACUCACUGGUGCAUGACAAGGCCCAAAGCAAACACAGACAGUAUGUAUCAUUAACCUCCACUUCUCCAAGUCAAAUGUACAAGAAUCCUGCUGCUACCUCACUGCUGAUGGCUACUGCAUUCGGACUGCUGUUUGCUUCAGAGCUGCCUGUCUUCUUUUCAGCGACCAUGGGAUUUUCUACGGAGGAAAAUAUAUAACUUUGUGUCUGAGUUGCUGAAGUUAUGCGGAUGCCACUUGUGUGCAAAACAAAUAUAUGCUUUAUGACCAAACAAUGGAUAUAUUGGACAAUUCAAAGAGUAAUGAAACCAUUGACUUUAUAAUAUAUUUUUCUUGCAUUUAACAAGUAUUGUUAUUGCAAUUUGGUAAGACUGAAAUGGGUGGUGAGACUGCAGAGAUGGACCUUCUGGAGAAAAAGAGGGAGCUCAAAGCGACCACAGAAAUCAGAGAGAAUGAAGAGGUCGAGGUGCAGAGGCGGCCGGUCAUCCCACGGCACCGCUGGGUCAUGAACGGGGCAGUCAUGUUUGGACGUGAGUUUUGCUACGCCAUGGAAACAGCCCUUGUGACUCCAGUACUGUUACGCAUUGGUCUGCCCGAGCAGUACUACAGUCUGACCUGGUUCCUCAGUCCAGUCCUAGGUCUCUUCUUCACUCCUGUGAUUGGCUCCACCAGUGACCGCUGCACGCUGAGAUGGGGGCGCAGGCGACCCUUCAUACUGGCCCUGUGUGUGGGGGUGCUGCUGGGAGUGGCUCUGUUCUUAAAUGGAGCUCUGAUAGGUCUCUCUGUGGGCGAUACUGCAGGCAGCCAGCCCAUUGGAAUAGCGCUGACCGUCGUAGGGGUCAUAGUGCUGGACUUUAGUGCUGAUGCUGCUGAUGGACCGAUCAGAGCUUACCUUCUGGAUGUAGCAGAUACAGAGGAACAAGAUAUGGCCCUGAAUAUCCAUGCAUUUUCUGCCGGACUUGGUGGAGCUGUGGGCUACAUGCUGGGAGGUCUGGAUUGGACAGGCACAGCUCUGGGUCAGGCCUUCAAAGCCCAGGAGCAGGUCCUGUUCUUGUUCACAGCUGUAGUCUUUAUCGUAUCAGUCAUUCUACACAUGUUCAGUAUUCCAGAGAAGCCCUACUCUCCACGACAGCCUGGAGUCUCACAAAAUCCUGAUUCUACCUCACAGUCAUCUCUUAAGACAGUAGACCACACUGCACCUAUGCUUGAUGUCAUCAUGGAAGAAGAUUCAAGCUCAGACGACAGCUCAGAUUCUGACAAAGAGGACAUGGACUUGCUUGGCAUGGAGAGAGUGCGGAGUAAAAGUGAUUCGGUUUUAGCCAUGCCUGAUGCUACAAUCGAGAUGGAUCCUGAUCUCCAUCCAGACAAUCAGCACUUCCUGGCAGAGGUGGACCUUUUACCAGAAGUGCACGAAGACCUCGAAGAUGUUUUUAGUCCCACUGAGGGGAACAGUGACAUCUCCUUGCUUCAUGUGCCAAUAACCUGUAACAAUGAUUCCAUGAAUGGAUCUGCCUGCAACCAGCACUUUCAGACUGUCCCCACAGAGAGUAAAUCACUGGUAAAAGCAGCAAAUUGUUCCAGUAACGGUUUGUCAUCACCACACCUUCGAAAAAGCGUGGGUUCUCCUAAACUAGGAACUCGUCUCUCAACACGUAGACCCACCUUCUACAGACAGCCUUCAUUCACUUUCUCCUACUAUGGACGCGUGGGAUCACAACGGUACAGACUGAAAAGAAACACAGCCGCGCCUUUAAGUCCAAAGCGAAUCACCUCAUCCCGCAGUCUGAGCGACCUCUCAGAGCUCCAGAAAGAAGUGCAGGAGAGAGAGAGGAAGUUCUCCAUGAGCAGUCUCUCCUCAGAAGAGUCCAGCACUGUGUCCGAAGAUGAGGAGGAGACGACCUUACGCCUGCUGUGGCUGUCCAUGCUCAAGAUGCCGACGCAGCUGUGGAGGCUGUGUAUCUGUCAUCUGCUCACAUGGUUUGCUUAUAUUGCCCAAGCUGUUUUCUUUACAGACUUCAUGGGACAAGUCAUCUUUCAGGGAGACCCCAUAGCACCGGCCAAUUCCACAGAGCAACAGAAUUAUCUCAGUGGAGUCCAGAUGGGCUGCUGGGGUUUGGUUGUAUAUGCUGCCACUUCUGCAAUUUGUUCAGCAAUCCUUCAGAAGUACCUUGAUCAUUUUGACCUGAGUGUUAAGAUUAUCUACAUUGUUGGGACUCUUUCUUUCUCAGUAGGAACGGCGGUGAUGGCCAUCUUCCCUAACGUUUACGUGGCCAUGGUGAUGAUCAGUAGUAUGGGUGUGAUCUCCAUGAGUAUCUCCUAUUGCCCCUAUGCAUUACUGGGGCAGUACCAUGAAAUCAAAGAAUACAUUUACCACAGCCCAGCCAACACAAGAAGAGGCUUUGGAAUUGACUGUGCCAUCUUAUCCUGCCAAGUUUAUAUCAGUCAGAUCCUGGUUGCCUCGGCGCUGGGGGCAGUGGUAGACGCUGUGGGCUCUGUACGUGUCAUUCCUGUAGUGGCCUCUGGGGGCUCUUUCCUGGGCUUUCUCACAGCCUGUUUCCUUGUUAUUUAUCCCGAUGUGGAGCCCAGCAGUUCAGAGCAGAACAAGGAAGCGUCUAUAGAGAAGGACCAAAAUGGAGAACAAAAUAAAAGACUGGCGUUGCUGAAUCUCACAAAUCAUGAAGGUGCAUACAAAACACAGAGUGAAGAGACUGCUGCUUAAGUGUUUCUACUGAACAUUUUUUUAAAGAUCAACUGAACACAAGGGCUCAUAGUAGAACAAUUGACAUAGAACAACAUAGAACAAUUUGUAUUUGAGAUGAAAUAUUCAAAUUGUUUUGGUUGGACACUGUUUGUGACAUACUUGAGGUGCGCAUAUGUAAUCAGGCUGUAAGGAUUAAAUGCUGGGUAUAUAUAUAUAUAUAACUCCACUUAUAAGGCAGUAAAGUGGAGUCAUUAGUACAUCAGUUUUCAGUGUCUUUGUUGUAGAUAACUGCAACAAUUUUCCUCCUAAUAUGACUCCACAUUAUUGCCUUUUGUCUGCAGUGUGUUUAUGACCUUAUUUGGUAGAUAUUUUUUUUUCACAUUAGCAGGACUGAGCAGACUUCUCAUACAUUUGCCAAUGAAACUGUUUAUGUUUGCACUUUACAAAACAUUGAUGAAAACAUUACAUUUGAGUUUUUAUACUGCAUAUUUAUCUAAACUUUUUGUACCAAUAUAAAGAUGAUAAAAAUCAUAAUCUCAUUUAAAUAUGCAUCAUGUAUCAUUUCUGGAGGGGGAGUUUGUCACCUGCUUGUCUCCAUCAGUCGUCAUAAAAGUCACAAAAUAUGGAAUUACAUUUAUCGUUGUUUUCUCUGUUAAAAGAAAAUGCAUUGAAAAAUGCUUUCUUACUGUGAGCGAGAUCACCUCUCCACAGACAUGACCUGUGACUUGGCUCUUCUUGGCUCCAUGGAAAUGCACAAGUGUGAUGCAAUGCUUUGAAACAUAUUUGGCAAAGCAAUAACUUGAAUGGAGACCCUACACCAGAAAAGUUACAUAGUGCAUUUUUAAUCGUGUACCAUUAUUGAGUCUAAGCUACAGGACAACUUAACAUAUUUUAUACACUUUUGCAAAGGCAAAAUUAAUACACGUGAUCUAUUAAAACAAAAAUCUGUUCGUAUGUGUUGUGGAGUUUGUAUUUCUACUGCAUUAAUUUAGGUGUGACUCAAGGUUAGU